AUUGCAGAAGUGUGAAUAUAUAUAGAUGAAAUGUGUGUAUAUAAGUUCACCUCACUGUCUACUAAAUUGAAAAGGCAUACAUAAUUUAUCCGGUUUCAGUAUCAACCCAUUGAAAUGUCUGCACCAGCUCGUAUUGCACUUGUGGUAGAUGACGACCGCAUUACACGGAUGGUGCAUUGUUCGCACCUAAAAGCUCUCGGGUUCCAAACUCAAGAGGCGGAGGAUGGCAAAGAUGCGGUGCAGCUCCUAGAAGAGGGGAACAAGUUCCAAUUAAUUCUGAUGGACUGUGAGAUGACCAGUAUGCAUGGCCCUGAGGCGACAAGAAGAAUUCGCGAAAUGGGAAUCGAAACUCCGAUCCUUGGUGUUUCGUCAAUCUCUGACGAAACUCUUCGAGCGAAUUUUGUUGGGUCAGGCUUGACCGACCUUUUCACUAAGCCAUUGGCUCGUGACAUGCUGAUGCCUUACGCAAGAGUCGGGUAGACUGUAUGAUAUAAUUUAGAUAUCUGGAGAUUUAUGAGAAGCAGAUGAACUUGUUUUCAAUUUGUAGUUGCUAGCUAGUAUAGAGCAACAUGAGAGGAAUACAAAAUUCUCUUUCUCAUUAUCAUAUCAGUAAAAUGAAUAAGCUUCUCAAGUUUUUGUAACACAAAAUUGGUCAAAAAGACCAAAACAGAAAAUUCCUGGGUGAAAUAGAUUCUUAGCUUUUGAUACUGUUUA